AUCGAUGAGGGGGUUAUCAUUCUACCCAUACAACGUGAUCAGAGUGGUACCGAUCAGAGUUCACCCCCAAUACAAUGCUCAAAAGAAUGUUCCGAAACUUAAAGGCUAAUAAGAAAUAUACCCGUGCAGUGAGAGCUACAAAGCAAGAUCAGAGAUCGUAUUUUAUAUUUAGGCGUACGGUGAGCAUGGUGCAUGAGGCUGACGCAUGACCGAUCUUCGACAAUUAGCUGAAUCAAUCCUCUCUCGUGAUGAAGUCCUUGAUUAGGCAUAUGUUGAUGGCCCUAACGGUCAUCUGCGUCGGGUUCACAUCGUCGGCAAAUGGUGCAGACAUCCUCAUUUCUCUCAUACUUCCCAAAGCUAAUAGUCAUACAAAAAGUAUUUCCGCCAUGGCAGGAGCACUGACCCGACACGGCCACAACGUCACCAUUCUCACCGCGUCCAACGUGGGCACAAAGGGAUUCAAGGGAAACACCUACAACACCGCCCUUCAGUACAAAUUCAUCCCUUCUGCAGAAAUGGAUGAAACACAAGAAAGAGUGAGAAACGGUGCAUUUGAGAAUAGCCCGUUGAAUAAUGUCAUAAAUAUGAAGAAGAUAUUCCAACUACUACGGCAAGCGUGUCGGUAUCUCUUCGAAGACUCCGCGACUCUGGCUUUGCUCAAGGAAUCUCACUUUGAUAUCCUGAUCGGAGAUGUCUUUGACGGAUGUGAUGCAGUCCUGAGUAGUUACCUCGAGAUUCCGCACAUUGCCGUGACGACAUCGAUGAGGUAUCCUUUCUUCCACGAGCACCUGUACGGAAUCCCCGCACCUUCGUCCUACGUACCGCUGGGAGUCUUCUCACUAUCAGACAAGAUGACCUUCCUGGAGCGGGUGGUGUCCUUCAUGGAGCACAAUCUUGUCAUUCCCUUGGCGGGAUGGUCUCACCUCGGGGCUAUGGAUGAGAUGAAGAAUCGAUAUGGUAUUGCUCCAGGUCGAAGUGUCCAGGAACUCAUAGGCGAUGCAGAGCUGUGGUUGUGUGUGACGAACUUCGCCUUCGAUUUCCCUCAUCCUAUAGCACCCAACUGGGUGGCGAUCGGCAAUAUUGCUGAUGUUCCAGCAAAACCACUCGAUGAGGAAUACGAAGACUUUGUCGAGGGGUCACGGGAACAUGGUUUCAUCAUAUUCUCAUUGGGUAACAACCACAGCAUAAUGCCGUCACACAUGACAGAGAUCUUUGCACGAGUCUUCAGCGAGCUUCCCCAGAGAGUCAUCUGGCGGUAUACCGGACCACGCCCUCGUUUCCUUGGUAACAACACCAAACUGGUAGAAUGGAUGCCUCAAAAUGACCUCCUGGGUCACCAGAAAGCACGACUUAUGGUAUACCACGGAGGUCUAACUGGGAUUUUUGAAGCCAUUAACCACGGUGUACCGAUGGUUGUAAUGCCAUUGUUAGGUGACCAGGAAGCCAACGCUGUUAAGGUCAAAGCCAAGGGCAUGGGAAGACUUCUCCCAAAAGACUCCAUCACAUACGAGACCGUAAAGGAAGCGAUUACGGAUGUACUUGAAAAUCCACGGUACAGCGAAAAUAUUCGCAAAUCUUCAAGGAUUUACAGAGACAUGCAGUCUGACCCAGAUGAUGUAGCGGUCUACUGGGUUGAACACAUUCUCAAAUUUGGAGGGUCACACCUGAGAUCCAGAGCCUUGGAGCUCAACUUCAUUCAGCUUCAUUCCAUCGACGUCCUCGCUUUCAUCGUUGGGAUCGUACUCGUUGUCGUCUUCCUUCUCUUUUCAUGUUGUAAACGAUGUGUUUCACGAUGCUUGAAAACUAAAAAAUCCAAAAUGGAGUGAUUCUCAGUAGUCCCUGAUGAUGGUGAGAAAACGGUGAAAAAAGUUUAAAGUCGACGGACAAAAAUGAAAACUUAGAAAACAAUCGAGACACGUUUUCUUUUUUUAAUUCCUGUUUUCAUUUGAAUUAUUUUCAAAUCUAUUUCAAAGUCUUGAAGGGUUGAUAGAUCAGAUUACGCUCAUAAUUAUUGCCGUGUGUGUCCAGAUCUUUUCAUUCGUCUCUUCCUGCUAUUUCUACCAAGAAUAAUAAGAAGAAAAGAGAAGAAGAAAGCAAGAAGAAUAUAACGAAAAGGUAGUAGACAGAGAUGAAGAAUAUGAAAAUGAAGCGAGUUGUUAUUAAAUGAAUCGAGAUAGUAUUAACAAGACCAGGGCCAUAUAGGGGCCUAAACUAGUACUUUUUGAUUGAUUCACUUGUACCACUUUCAUACUGUCAGUCGAAGUGGGGUUACUCCACUUUUGAGGGCAUUAUGAAAAUUAUAGGAAUUUCGAUCUGGAUUCAAAGCGGAGUACUUAACCCACUUCGAGAAGAGGAUUACAAAACGGAGUUAGUCCGCACCGGAUGUGCGGUAUCGUCUAUCUCGGGAGAUUCCGCGCGCCACACAUAUUUUGGCGACUGCGGAUGCGGGAUACACCCAACGAAUUGUGGAUACACCGCUGCUGCCAGUUUGAAAAGUGGUUGUAAUGUCGGUCCGCUGUACAAGCGUAUCAACUCAAUCCGGAGUUACUCUGGAGUAACUCCACUACUUCGCCUUCAGUUUGAAAACAGCCUUGGAUGUUCGAAGAUUUUGAUAUCUAUACGUGUUGUAAAACAUUCCACUUGAUAUUCCAACUCGAAGUAAUUUUGUACAAUGGAAACCUUAACAAAAUGUCUCAUGGGGUUUAUUUCCAAUUGGUCUAAUGCCAAUCCGUCUAAUUACCAACUCGUCUACUAUCAUAAUUUGGUCUAUCAUCCAUUCGUCCAAUAUCCACAUAGUCUAAUUUCCAUUUUGUCCUUCUCACUGUUUCGUCUAAUAAUCAAUUUGUCCAGUAGCCAUUUAGUCCAUAUACCACUUUGGUCUAAUUAGACUGACUGUUAUUGGGCAAAAUAAAUGAAAAUAAAACGGAUAGACCAAUUAACUGGUUAUGAGACGAAAUGGUCAUACGAACUGGUGAUUAGACGAAGUGAUGAUUGGACCAAAUGGUUAUUGGACCCUUGUUCGACGAAAUGUUGAUGGACAGAAUGGCAUUAGACUAAAUGAAAGUAGACCAUGUGGUGAGUGGACGAGUUGACAGUAGACGAAUUGGCAAUCUACCUCUCAUGGUUAGGGUUUAUAGAUUAAGAUUAGUCUCGGCCGGGCACUUUUUAUUCCGUUAAAUGAAUUUCUAUUCUGGAAAAAGAGGGGGAAUCAAAGUGAGUAUAUGUGUGCGUAUGUGCAUGGGCGGAAAUCCCAGGGGGGACAGGGGGACGAGUCCCCCUUACCCAAAAUAGUAGGGGGCACAAUGGAAAGAAAUACAUAAUUCAAAAUCGAAAUAAAACGUAUUUUGGACGAGAUGACCUUAUUUUUUGGGUAAUAACCUUUCUUUUUCCUUUAUUUUUUGCUUGUCAUUUAUUUUGGUCGAAAUGACCUUACAUUGGGGUGAUAACCUUUUUUUGCUUGUCAAAUUUUCCGGCCCCUGGUUCCCCCUACCUUUGGGUUGAGGUUUCCGCCCUUGCUUAUGUGGGUGUGUGUGGUGUAUUUGCGGGUGUGUGUGAAGGGUUUGCGUAUGAGGGGGGGGGGGGCAAAUCCAUCCCAAAAUUUACACAAAUAAAUAUACCCUUUUUGUUAACUACAGAUAUGCAAUAGUUAUAAUUUCCUUUCCUUAAAAAUAUGUUAUAUUAAUUUUCUUAAUUCAGUACUUUAUACUUAUUUUCUUUCGUAUUUUUUUCUCAUUUUAACAUUUUUUUCGAGUCCGAAUAUUACUGCUAGUAGAGUUAAGUAAUAAUCAGAUAACUAUAUACGUAUCUCAUUACGUUGUCGAUUGAAAUAUCUUCAUAAUCUUUGAAUUAAACUUGAACUAAACAUUUGAUUUAUAUCGUCAUUUUACAUUUAAAAAAUGUAUUUCAUUCUUAAAGUCGUGUCGAAUCGAAAAUGCAUUAUACCUUAGGAUAUAUGAUUUGUAGAUAGCAUAUACUGGGCAAAUAUGAUCAAGAGCAUGACCAAAGUAAACUUCCAAGACAAAUGUUA